AUGUCUUUCCGCCACAGGGAAUUCAUCGCUGAAACGCUGGCCCAAUACACUCCCCGUGCAGCGAAAUAUGACGUCUCAAACGGCGGAUGGCACGUAGAGCUGGGCCGUGAUUUUGUCACCUGGCUGCCUCCCCCAAAGGGCGGCGCGGUUCUUGAUCUCGCAUGCGGCACGGGGCUGGUUACGUUACCCCAAGCCGAAGCGGUCGGACCUGGUGGCAUCGUCGUAGGUGUCGACGUCACCGAAGCAAUGCUCAACGAAGCCAAACGCAAACCGCUCCUGGAGGGAAGCGGAGAAGUGAAGUGGGUGCUGGGCGAUGUAACGGACCUUUCCUCGCUGGAGGAAGUGCAAAAUGUGAUGAAAGAAAGGGAAGCGUUUGACAUCAUUUCAUGCUGUUCAGCUUUCGUGUUACUCGAGGAUCCCGCAAAGGCCAUCAAACAUUGGAUAACCUAUUUGAAGCCCGGCACGGGAAAACUGAUCAUCGAUGUCCCCGCCGAGGAUCGCACUCUGCAGUACCUGCUCAACUACCCGCUCCGGCGCGCCUUUGGGAAAUCUAUGGUAUUCGAUUUCGACUGGAUAGAAGAUAUCCAUACCCUACCGAAGAUGCUUGAAGAUGCCGGGUUUGAAAUCGAGAAGUCUUUCCGUACGAAGAGCUAUGUUCCUGAGAAAUGGUACGAUGCUGGUCAGGCGAUGGAGGCGCUGGAAGAAAAGACAAGUCGGAGCGGUCUAUGGAAGAGCAUUUUGGAACGAUUGGAGGCAGAAGGAGGGACAGAAGCGAUUGAGAGAGCCAGGCACGCCUGGCAGCAGAUUUGGAAAGAACAUCUGAAUAAAGGCGGGGAAUUGUGGGAUGGGCACGCUUUGUAUGUCUCGAUAGGAAGGAGGAGGGAGUGA